CAUAAAGUCUCCAACUUUUAUAACAAAUUUUCCGUUGAAUAUGACAGUAAAUAAACCAACGGUCUAGUUCUUAUCAUGUCUAAAAACCACAAGCUCCUUCCUCAUCUUACGCUCCCCUCUUUACCUCUCCUUUUAUUCUCCUUCUCAUUCUCCUCUCAACAACUGAUCGUAUAAUCAUUCUCACGGAGACGAGUGACCAAAACAAGGUCUCCCGCUUCUUGCGAAGAUUAAACGAAUCCAUUUAGAUUUUAAAAACCACACAAAAAAAAUAUGGGUCGGCUCAAGUUCGCAUGUCCGGUUCUUGAGAUCAAUUUAAUCUCAGCUCAAGACUUAGCCCCUGUCUCAAGAAACAUGAAAACGUAUUCCGUCGCUUGGAUCAACACCGAUCCUAUGAGAAAACUCACCACGCGUGUUGAUCAAUCCAACAGAGCUAACCCUAUAUGGAACGAGAAGUUUGUGUUUCGUGUCAACGACAAGAUUCUCUACGUUGACGCAUCAGCGAUUGUGAUUGAGAUCUACGCAGCGGCUUGGGCUAAAGAUGCUCUUGUUGGUACUGUGAAUGUUCUUCUCAGCGAUCUUUUUGCUCCUUGGUCUGGUUUUGGUGAUGGUAACGACGGUGGUGGUGGGAAUAACAACAUGAGGCUUGUGACUCUUCAGAUUCGUCGUCCUUCAGGGAGGCUACAAGGGUUUUUACGUCUCGGUGUUGCACUUCUUGACGGUGGUCAACGGAGUAUGCCUUUAUCUAUUGAGGUUUUCGAUGGAAGUCGAAAAGGAGAGAGGAAUAGUGUUAAAAGAGACCAAGAGGCUUCAAGAAUGAUGCAUCGCCGUACGAAUAGCGAUCAAACGGAUUUAACCACGUCUACGAAUGAUUACGGUGUGAAAACAGGGGUUGUUACUGGCAAUGGAGGAGGAGGUGGUGGUGGUGGCGGUAUUGUUGUUGGUGCGGAUAGUAUGGUUAAUGGUUCGCUUUGUAGCUCUGAUAUUGGACCAUCAGCGUCUGUGGUUGCGGCUGCGAUUGCGCAAGGGCUUUACAAUAGACAGAAAACAGCGGUUAAAGCGGCUAACAAAGAGGACGCAAGUUCGAUACUUGAAGGGAAAACAGAGGGAAUUGAGCAUAGAGUUGAACGGUGGAGAGCAGAGAAAAAUGGCACGGGUGGAGCGGGUGGAGCGGCUGGAUCAAGCGAUGAUUCUAGCGGGAAAGGAGGAGCGGGAAGGAGAAGAAGGAGGAGGAGAAGAAAGGAGAAACAACAAGGGAGGAGAAACGGUGGAGGAGAGGGUAAGAAAGGGUUGUUUUCAUGUUUUGGAAACGUGUUUGGAUGUGAGAUUUCGAUAACAUGUGGCGGUGGAAGCGGCGGAGAAGGAGACAGCACAAAGAAGAGAUAUAAUAACAAUAAAGUAGUAAAUCUUAGUGCUGUAGACGAAACGUUUAGUCAUUCUGCGACUUGAGAUAAGAGAAAAUGUUUACUUAUUUUUGGUUUCUUUUGGUGGUGUAAAACGUUUGAUGAUGGGUUAAACCAUACAGAUUUGAAAGUAUUGAGGUUAAAACGUAUGAAUAAACUUUCC